UGUACCGUCACCACCCCACCACCACCACCACCUCCACCAUUUCCAACUAUGGAGUGCCAAAGAUGAUCAAUGGCGCACUUUGGAGGAUAUGUCAUUGGGUCUGCGGCUGCCUACUAUCACAUACAAGCACCAUCAUACUAGUAUAAGUAGCAGUAGAUGGCUGUCUAAUAGCUUUCUCACUUGUAUCCAAACAUCAAUAAACUAGAGUAGCCUUGCCCCAUCAGUUAAAUCUAUGAAAUAUUCUGCCCUAUGCUAUGUGCUGUUCCUUAUCCUCUUUGAUGUAUUUCUGGUAAAAUCAGGAGCAGACGAGGGAGAGAAGGAUGGUGUUUAUAUUGUUUACAUGGGAGCUGCGACAGCAAAUGGUUCUUCAAAGAAUGAACAUGCCCAGCUUCUGAGCUCUGUCUUAAAACGGAGAAAGAAUGCUCUAGUGCACAGCUACGAACAUGGAAUUUCAGGGUUUACAGCUCGUUUAUCAGCAGCAGAGGCACAAUCAAUUGCUAAAAACCCAGGGGUCGUAUCAGUUUUUCCUGAUCCUGUCUACCAACUCCACACAACUCGUUCAUGGGAUUUCUUGAAAUACGGAACCGAUGUAAAGAUCGACUUGAGCCCAAAUUCUGACUCUAACUUAUCUUCUCGAGGAUAUGAUGUGAUCAUUGGAAUCCUGGAUACAGGUAUUUGGCCCGAGUCUAAGAGUUUUAGUGACAAGGAUAUGGAUCCAAUACCAUCAAGCUGGAAGGGUACCUGUGUCGAAGCUCGAGAUUUCAACUCAUCCAAUUGUAAUAGAAAAUUAAUUGGAGCAAGAUCUUACAAUGGCCCUGGCGAUGACGAUGACGGACUUGUUAAUACACCAAGAGAUAUGAAUGGUCAUGGCACUCAUGUAGCUUCGACUGCAGCAGGAAUUAUGGUCCCUGGUGCAUCUUACCAUGGAUUAGCUUCCGGGACUGCGAAAGGUGGAUCACUUGGGUCAAGGAUUGCUGUGUACAGAAUAUGUACGCCAAACGGAUGUGCUGGGUCCAGUAUAUUAGCUGCAUUCAGUGAUGCCAUUAAAGACGGUGUUGAUAUACUAUCAUUGUCACUAGGUUCACCAGCAUCACGCAUCUCCGAUUUUAAGGAAGAUCCAAUAGCCAUUGGAGCGUUCCACGCUGUUGAGAAUGGUAUCACCGUGGUCUGCUCUGCAGGGAACGAUGGGCCAUCGGAAAAAACUGUUUCGAAUGGUGCGCCCUGGAUUCUGACAGUUGCUGCAACAACCAUAGAUCGGAGAUUCGAGUCUAAUGUUGUGCUUGAUAAAAAAAAGGUGAUCAAGGGUGAAGCCAUAAAUUUUGCCAAUAUUGGAAAAUCUCCAGUACAUCCAUUGAUUUAUGCGAAGUCAGCUAAGAAGGCCGGUGCGGACGCAAGGGAUGCCAGAAACUGCUACCCAGAUUCUAUGGAUGGGAAAAAGAUCAAAGGAAAAAUCGUCAUCUGUGACAAUGAUGAAGAUAUAAACUCAUAUUAUAAGAUGAACGAGGUGCGGAACUUGGAAGGAAUUGGUGCUGUCUUGGUCAGCGACAAGACAAAUGGAGAUGCAUCUGAUUUCGAUGAAUUUCCAAUGACUGUGAUCAGAUCAAAGGAUGCUGUCGAGAUCUUUGCCUACCUAAACUCAACCAAAAAUCCAGUUGCAACAAUCCUACCCACCACAGUGGUGUCACAAUAUAAGCCAGCACCUGCUAUCGCCUACUUUUCAUCCAGAGGGCCUUCCUCCAUCUCAAGAAAUAUCCUCAAGCCUGAUAUAGCGGCACCGGGAUCAAACAUACUGGCAGCUUGGACGGCCUAUGAUGGAGAAGUAACUGAUGAAGGUAGAGAAAUCCCAAAAUUUAAAAUUAUGUCAGGAACCUCCAUGUCAUGUCCGCAUGUUUCUGGAAUGGCUGCUGUGCUCAAAUCCCAUUACCCCUCUUGGAGUCCCUCUGCUAUCAAGUCUGCCAUUAUGACAACAGCAUCUCAGAUAAACAAUAUGAAGGCCCCAAUAACAACAGAGUUAGGUGCUAUUGCCACAGCUUAUGAUUAUGGGGCGGGUGAAAUGAGCACGAACGGAGCAUUGCAACCAGGGCUAGUUUAUGAAACCACCGCCAUUGACUACUUAUACUUCCUGUGCUAUCACGGGUACAAUAUAUCCACAAUUAAAGUUAUUUCCAAAGAUGUUCCAGCUGGUUUUGCUUGUCCGAAGGAAUCAAAAGUCAAUAUGAUAUCCAAUAUCAACUAUCCGUCAAUAGCAGUUUUCAACCUCACUGGAAAACACAGUAGGAACAUUACCAGAACCCUCACAAACGUUGCUGGAGAUGGUACCGCAACUUACUCUCUAACAAUUGAAGCACCUAUUGGUCUAACAGUCACCGUGACUCCAACUAGCUUGCAGUUCACAAAGAACGGCCAAAGACUGGGUUAUCACAUAAUUUUCACUCCAACUGUCUCUUCAUUACAGAAAGACAUGUUCGGGUCAAUUACAUGGAGAACCAAAAAAUUUAAUGUCCGCACUCCGUUCGUCGCAAGUAGUAGGUGAUUCAGGAAACAACUACAUCAAAAAGAUGCAUUUUACAAGUAAUAAAUACAAGAAUGCUUGUGAUGCUCGUAGUAUAUCAUCUCAAGCUCAAUGCGUAUAAAUAAGAAUGCAUGUUGCCAGGCUA